AUGAGAAUUGAGAAAUGUUACUUUUGUUCUGGUAGUAUAUAUCCAGGCCACGGAUCAAUGUUUGUUAGGAACGAUGGGGCUGAAUUUCGGUUUUGUCGAUCUAAAUGCACUAAAAACUUCAAGUUGAAGCGAAAUCCUCGAAAUGUCGCUUGGACUAAGACUUAUCGUAAAGUUCGUGGCAAAGACUUGGUUAACGAUACUUCACAAGCCUUUGAACAUCGUAAUAAUGAGCCUUUGAUCUAUAACAAAGAGAUAUACGAGAAGGUUAUUCAAAGUAUGCCAAAGAUAUCUUCUAUUAGACACCAACGAGAAGCCUUCCAUAUUAAGAACCGAAUUCUUAGUGAGCAAGAGAAGCAGGUGGAGAAAGAGCGAGUUUUUAUUAUCAAGAAUGUCGAUGCCUUAACUGCCGAAGAACGACGAUUGCAAACUCUGGAAAGAAAGCGAAAGAUCCGCGAAGCCCUCAAAUUACCAUUUGAGUAA